CCCCUUCGCUCCUCUGUGCCGCUGGCACUGGGCCUGGGUCCCCACCACCUCGGCCUGGCGGGACUCCAGCGGACGCCCUCGGGUCUGCAGCUUCUCCUGUCAUCGGAAAUGCCAGGCCGAGGUGGCUGCCCCUUGUGUUCCUCCAUCCAGCCAUGAACUGGUGCCCAUCACCACGGAGAGCGUACCCAAGAAUGUAGUGGACGUGGGGGAAGGAGACUGCAGGGGUGGAAGCUCUCCGAAAAGCCCCCAGGAGAGUGACUCCAUGAGAGUUUCCCCAAGCAUCCAGCCACAGCCACAGCCUGUCAGUCUCUCUAGAAACAUGAGUGUGAGCCGGGCCAUGGAGGACAGUUGUGAGCUGGACCUGGUGUAUGUCACCGAGCGCAUCAUCGCCGUGUCCUUCCCCAGCACAGCCAAUGAGGAGAACUUCCGCAGCAACCUCCGUGAAGUGGCCCAGAUGCUGAAGUCCAAACAUGGGGGCAACUACCUGCUAUUCAACCUCUCUGAGCAGAGGCCUGAUGUCACGAAGCUCCAUGCGAAGGUCCUGGAAUUUGGCUGGCCUGAUCUGCACACACCGGCCCUGGAGAAGAUAUGCAGUGUCUGCAAGGCCAUGGACACCUGGCUCAAUGCAGACCCCCACAAUGUUGUUGUUCUGCACAACAAGGGAAACCGAGGCAGGAUUGGGGUUGUCAUUGCAGCAUAUAUGCACUACAGCAACAUUUCAGCCAGUGCUGACCAGGCUCUGGACCGGUUUGCAAUGAAGAGAUUCUAUGAAGAUAAGAUUGUGCCCAUUGGCCAGCCAUCCCAGAGGAGGUAUGUGCACUACUUCAGCGGCCUGCUCUCUGGCUCCAUCAAAAUGAACAACAAGCCCCUGUUUCUGCACCAUGUGAUCAUGCAUGGCAUCCCCAACUUUGAGUCUAAAGGAGGAUGCCGACCGUUUCUCCGAAUCUACCAAGCUAUGCAACCCGUGUAUACAUCUGGCAUUUACAACAUCCCCGGAGACAGCCAGGCCAGCAUCUGUAUCACCAUUGAACCAGGGCUGCUCCUGAAGGGAGACAUCUUGCUCAAGUGUUACCACAAGAAGUUCCGAAGCCCAGCUCGAGAUGUCAUCUUCCGAGUGCAGUUCCACACCUGUGCCAUCCAUGACUUGGGGGUUGUUUUUGGGAAGGAAGACCUGGAUGAGGCCUUCAAAGAUGAUCGAUUUCCUGAUUAUGGCAAAGUGGAGUUUGUCUUUUCCUAUGGGCCAGAGAAAAUUCAAGGCAUGGAACACCUGGAGAAUGGGCCCAGUGUAUCUGUAGAUUAUAACACCUCUGACCCCCUCAUCCGCUGGGAUUCCUACGACAACUUCAACGGACAUCAUGAGGAUGGCAUGGAGGAAGUGGUGGGUCACACUCAAGGGCCACUGGAUGGGAGUCUGUAUGCCAAAGUGAAGAAGAAAGAUUCCCUGAAUGGCAGCUCUGGGCCUGUCACUACCACACGGCCUGCCCUGUCAGCCACUCCCAACCACGUGGAGCACACACUGUCUGUGAGCAGCGACUCUGGCAACUCCACAGCCUCCACCAAGACAGACAAGACCGAUGAGCCUGUUUCUGGGGUUACCACUGCUCCUGCUGCCCUGAGUCCCCAGGAGAAGAAGGAGCUCGAUCGCCUGCUAAGCGGCUUUGGUGUAGAUAGAGAGAAGCAAGGCGCCAUGUACCGGGCUCAGCAGCUCAGGUCCCACCCAGCUGGGGGCCCAACUGUGUCCUCCCCUGGCCGCCACGUGGUCCCAGCCCAGGUUCAUGUCAAUGGUGGGGCUCUGGCAUCGGAACGGGAGACUGACAUUCUGGAUGAUGAGCUGCCCAUCCAGGAUGGGCAGAGUGGGGGCAGCAUGGGCACGCUGUCCUCCCUGGAUGGGGUCACUAACACCAGCGAAAGUGGAUACCCAGAGACCAUGUCCCCACUGACUAAUGGUCUGGACAAGCCCUAUUCCACAGAACCUAUGCUCAAUGGUGGAGGCUACACUUAUGAGUCUGCCAACCGGAUGGUGCCUGUCCACAGCAGUCACUCAGCCCCCAUUCGCCCUUCCUACUCUGCUCAGGAGGGUUUAGCUGGCUACCAGCGUGAGGGACCCCACCCAGCCUGGUCACAACAAGUGACUAGCACCCACUGCGGCUAUGACCCCAGUGGUCUUUUCCGAUCCCAGUCCUUUCCAGAUGUGGAGCCCCAGCUGCCCCAAGCUCCAGCCCGUGGGGGCAGCCCGAGUCCAGCCCGGGGGGGCAGCAGCCGAGAGGCUGUGCAGAGGGGGCUGAAUUCAUGGCAGCAGCAGCAGCCUCACCCACCUCCCCGCCAGCAGGAAAGAGCUCCACUACAGAGUCUUACCAGCAGCAAGCCUAGCCCCCAGCUAUCAGCAGAAACCCCUAUACCUGCUCUCCCAGAGUUCCCAAGGGCAGCCUCCCAGAAGGAGAUUGAGCAGUCCAUUGAAGCCCUCAAUAUGUUGAUGCUGGACCUGGAGCCAGCUUCAGCGGCUGCCCCUCUUCAUAAGUCCCAGAGUGUCCCUGGGGCCUGGCCAGGGGCUUCCCCACUUGCCUCCCAGCCCCUCUUGGGCUCUUCCCGCCAGUCACACCCACUGACCCAGUCCCGAUCUGGCUAUAUCCCUAGUGGGCAUUCCCUGGGAACCCCGGAGCUGGUCUCUUCUGGCAGGUCUUACUCACCUUACGAUUAUCAGCUCCAUCCAGCUGGAUCCAACCAAAGUUUCUGUCCCAAGAGUCCAUCCUCUUCCACCUUCCUUCCAAGCCCCCAUAGCUCUGCGGGUCCUCAGGAGCCCCCGGCCUCUCUCCCUGGUCUCAUCACUCAGCCUCAGCUCCCACCAAAGGAAACUACUUCAGACCCCUCACGAACUCCAGAGGAAGAGCCGCUGAACCUGGAAGGGCUGGUAGCCCACCGGGUAGCAGGGGUACAGGCUAGGGAGAGGCAGCCUGCAGAGCCCCCAGCCCCGCUCCGGAGACGGGCAGCCAGUGAUGGACAGUAUGAGAACCAGUCUCCAGAGGCCACGUCUCCCCGUAGUCCUGGGGUCCGCUCCCCAGUCCAGUGCGUCUCCCCUGAGCUGGCUCUUACCAUUGCCCUCAAUCCUGGAGGGCGACCCAAAGAGCCCCAUCUGCAUAGCUACAAGGAGGCCUUUGAGGAGAUGGAGGGGACCUCCCCAAGCAGCCCAACACCCAGUGGGGUGCGCUCUCCUCCAGGUCUGGCCAAGACACCCCUGUCUGCUCUGGGUCUGAAACCCCACAACCCAGCGGACAUUCUACUGCACCCCACAGGUGAGCCCCGGAGCUAUGUGGAGUCUGUGGCGAGGACAGCAGUAUCAGGGCCUCGAACUCAGGAUGUCGAGCCCAAGAGCCACAGUGCCCCAGCUGCCCAUGCCUAUGGACAUGAGACACCCCUGAGGAACGGGACUCCAGCUGGCUCCUUUGUCUCCCCCAGCCCCCUUUCCACGAGCAGUCCUAUCCUUAGCGCUGACAGCACUUCUGUGGGCAGUUUCCCAUCAGGAGGGAGCAGUGACCAGGGUCCACGGACACCCAUCCAGCCCAUGCUGGAUUCCAGCAUCCGCUCAGGUAGCCUGGGGCAUCCGAGUCCUGCAGCACUGAGUUACCAGAGCUCUUCACCUGUCCCGGCUGGUGGCAGCAGCUACAGCAGCCCUGACUACUCCCUUCAGCCAUUCAGCUCUUCUCCAGAAAGCCAAGCCCAGCCACAGUUCAGUGCGGCCACUGUCCACAUGGUGCCUGGGAGCCCUCAGGCACGACACAGGACAGUAGGCACCAACACGCCACCUAGUCCUGGCUUUGGCCGUCGCGCUAUCAACCCCACCAUGCCUGCUCCUGGUAGUCCCAGUUUGAGCCACCGACAGGUGGUGGGUCCAUCUGGCCCUGCUUUCCAUGGUAAUGUGGUUUCUGGCCACCCAAGUAGUGCAGUGACCACUCCUGGAAGCCCCAGCUUGGGCCGGCACCCAGUGGGAAGUCACCAGGUUCCAGGCCUCCACAGCAAUGUGGCUACCACUCCAGGAAGCCCAAGCCUGGGCCGACACCCUGGGGCCCACCAAGGGAAUCUGGCUUCCAGUCUCCAUGGCAAUGCAGUCAUUAGCCCUGGGAGCCCCAGCUUGGGACGGCACCUGGGUGGAUCUGGAUCUGUGGUUCCUGGAAGCCCCAGCUUGGACCGGCAUGCCGCAUAUGGUGGCUAUUCUACCCCCGAGGACCGACGACCAACGCUGUCCCGGCAAAGCAGUGCCUCUGGCUACCAGGCUCCUUCCACACCUUCAUUCCCCGUCUCCCCUGCCUACUACCCUGGCCUGAGCAGCCCUGCGACCUCCCCCUCACCAGACUCAGCAGCCUUCAGACAUGGGAGUCCCACACCAGCCUUGCCAGAGAAGCGGAGAAUGUCCUUGGGAGACCGGGCAGGCAGCCUCCCCAACUAUGCCACCAUCAAUGGGAAAGUGUCCUCCUCACCCAUUGCCAAUGGAAUGUCCAGUCCCAGUGGGAGCAGCACAGUCUCCUUCUCCCACACUCUUCCAGACUUUUCCAAGUACUCCAUGCCAGACAACAGUCCUGAGACACGAGCUAAAGUGAAGUUUGUCCAGGACACUUCCAAGUAUUGGUACAAGCCUGAGAUCUCCAGAGAGCAGGCCAUUGCACUCCUAAAGGAUCAGGAGCCAGGGGCCUUCAUCAUCCGUGACAGCCACUCAUUCCGAGGGGCCUAUGGGCUGGCCAUGAAGGUGUCCUCACCCCCUCCAACCAUCACUCAGCAGGGCAAGAAAGGAGACAUGACCCAUGAACUGGUGAGGCACUUCCUCAUAGAGACAAGCCCCAGAGGAGUCAAGCUCAAGGGCUGUCCCAAUGAGCCAAACUUUGGCUCCCUGUCUGCCCUGGUCUAUCAGCACUCCGUCAUCCCACUGGCCCUGCCCUGCAAACUGGUCAUUCCAAGCCGAGACCCCACAGAUGAAUCAAAAGAUAGCUCAGGCCCUGCCAACUCAACCACCGACCUGCUGAAGCAAGGAGCAGCUUGCAAUGUGCUCUUCGUCAAUUCUGUGGAUAUGGAGUCACUCACCGGGCCACAGGCCAUUUCCAAAGCCACUUCUGAGACUUUGGCUGCUGACCCCACACCAGCUGCCACCAUUGUUCACUUCAAGGUCUCUGCCCAAGGCAUCACACUGACUGACAAUCAGAGAAAGCUCUUCUUCAGACGACACUACCCCCUCAAUACCGUCACCUUCUGUGACCUGGAUCCACAAGAAAGAAAGUGGAUGAAGACAGAGGGAGGCGCCCCUGCUAAGCUCUUUGGCUUUGUGGCCCGGAAGCAGGGAAGCACCACGGACAACGCUUGCCACCUCUUUGCAGAGCUUGACCCCAACCAGCCUGCUUCAGCCAUUGUUAACUUCGUCUCCAAGGUCAUGCUGAGUGCUGGCCAGAAGAGAUGAAUCCUGGAGUCUUUGCCCAAGGCCAGGGCACUGGGGAUGGGGUGUGUGGGAAGGGGGAUCUUCGAAUCCUGACCACCUUGAAUCCAGAAAGAGGACUUUGGGUUGACUGUGGAGAAGGAGAGAAGAAAGUGCAAUGGUGGGAGAGGGAAGUGAAUUGGGGAGGGGAGGGGAGGGGCGAGGGCUGAAGAGAAUAAAGGAGGGAGAGAGGAACUCAGAAUCCCCUGUACAGAUGGAAGCCACACCUCCCAAAGCCUCUCCUACUAGCUGGGGGACCUGGCUCCCCUCCCCCACAGGCCUCUCUGGGGGACCAGAUUUCAAGGAGCAAUGAAAAAGCUUGUUCUCCCUAACCCUCCUGCUUUGAGAGAAGAAACCUAGCUGAGACUGCUUCUCUGGAGGUAUUGGCUGCCAAACCCAGCAGCCAGCGUGUGACAUCAAGCGGUGACACUUUGUUACCUUUGGCUUACCUGAGGCCCCCCACCCCCACCCCGAGGUCUGUGCUUGCUCUGACUUCUUAUGUGCCCCCAUGCACUCAUCAAUACCUGCCUCUAUCCACUCGAAUUACAAACAGCUCUGCUUGUCUGUGUCCUUGUGAUACACAUAUACACACUGACCAAAGAAGGCUAGGUAUAUGGGUGGCAGGGUGCCAGGUCAGAGACAAGCUGUCUCCUGCAGGAGCAUAGCAUUAUGGGUAACAGAUAUCUCUCUGUUUCUACAACUGCCCUCUAGUGGCCCUGGGGACCUCCAGCUUGUCCCCUGUAGAGACCCUGGUACAGAGGGCGUAGCCAUCCUGCAGCAUUAGCCUGUUCUGUCUCUUUGAGACUGAAGCUAGGCUGGAGGAAGAGGCAACGCCCACAGUCUUGGGAAAGAUCCCCGUGAGGAAGGGUGCUAUCUUUCCUGUGGUUCGCGGUGAGUUGGGCGCGUGCACUGACAGUGUCCAGGACUCUGCCUUACACCCUUCUCAGCCCAAUCCUGGCCAGGAGUGCCUGCUUUGUACUUGCUCACCUGCUUGAGGCCUACUGGUGGAUGGGAGCUGUGCCUUUCUGACCUACCCUGUCCCAUAUGGUUGGCUUAUCCCAGGAGCCUGCUUCCCAAAGUCCUAUCCAGGGCACCCGGGGAGGUCUGGAUCCCCCCCUUCCCCCUCUGUGUUUUGGGGUCUGACUGUUGCAGACACCCUUCUGGCUGGGCUGUCCAGGGUGACAUCAUAGCACCUCUGGGGAUGCUGCUGGAGAACCACAUGGUCCUCCUACAAUGCCAAAGCUUCCCUGUUCCCCUUCUGCCUCAGUUUCCCCAGCAGAACCAUGCUUUCUAUGGGACAGAGGACAGAAGGUAUGAAUUUAGGCCAAAGGUCCUAUGAUCCAUUUAUGGUGUUGGGAAGGCCCCUGUCACCACUCAGGCUUCCACUGAAGCCCAUGGGAGUCCCUAGGGGUGGCAUUGUAUUGAUAUAUAAAUAUAUAUAAUAUAUACAUGAGACAUACUGAUAGAAUCUGUAAGCUAAUAAAAAUAUAAGAAAAGGUUAAAAAAGAAUAGGUAAAUUGACAAGAAAUAUUUAUUGUUUCCCCAUAUUGCUUUAUUGUCCCUGGCCACAAACUGUUUCCAUUUCUUUUCUAAUGUGUAAGCAGAGCCUGAAUUGCAGGGGGUCUUUAUAUUUCAAAUAGCCCAGGGCUGGCCUUGGCCUUGACCCUGGUCUUGGCCUCUCUAGGCUACACCUAGGACUUGGGGAUGACAUGCUUUAGCUCUUUAUUCUCUGGCAAGCGGUAGCCCAGCUGCCAGCAUCUUGGGUGUGUGGACAGCUGCUUCCAUCGCCACAGGUCUGAGCCAGCGUGUGUUUGGGGAUGCAGGUGUGUGUGGCCUUGGUGUGUGCAUCUCUUGGAUUUUUUUCCUCUUCCAGGGAGCUUUGACUGUAUGGAUAUCGUUUUGAGGAACUAGAAAGAAGAAUGUCUAGGUUAGGUGGGGAUCGUGAGCAGAGGCCCCUAUGGGCCCCUCUUCCCAAAGAAUAAUAGGGCUUAGUGAUCAAGGUCCUUCUAAAGUGUCCUUCCCUAUGAGAUACUCAAGGUGAAUGUCUCGAUUAACCCUUUCCUCAUUCCCCAGUGAACCCCACUUCUUCCCAAGCUAGAAGAAGAAAUUCCUCAUCCCUUUCUUUGUAAAUACCCUUAUCCUGCUGCACAGCCUGGGGCCACGGCUUCUCCUGGCUGCAAAGUUCACUCGAGCCUUUGAGGAAUGUCAGAGCCUCUGUACCCUGCCUUGGGCCCCGCCCCAGUCUGGGGCCAACAACUUUUGUAUAUGGUUUCACCUUCUCAUGCUGCACUCAGGCCCAAGCCAAGUGUGAGUGAGCCAUGUGGAGGACCAAGGUGGAUGCUGGGAAAGUGGGUGCCUCCUUCCCAGCAUGCCUCUAGAAGGAAUGGACACCUGAGUUUGGCUUUCCUGGAAGAGCGUUGGAGAAGGGGCCUCAGUUCUUACACUGGGAACCACACUGUAGUCUGCCCUUUUUCCCACUGUGAUUCUCACAGAUGGGGCUCUGCACAUUCAUGCACGCACACAAACACACACACAUACACAAACACACAGACCACAUACCCUCUCACCACUCCAAAUACAACCUAUUCUUGCCAAAGAUUUCCUUCACAAAAGAGCACUUUUUUACCCAUUGUUUUUUUUUUUUUUUUUUUUUGUGAGUGGUCUGUUUUGCUGUUCUAUAUUGUUGAGACUGUAUGUCAGCAGAGAGAGUGCUGUCUGCUCCUAAAUGUGAGUAAAAGAGGGCUAAGGAAAACAAGAGAACAUGGCCACCUGUGAUGCCAUCAACAAGACCCCUCAGCUACAGCCCAGGUCAAUACUGCCUCUGGCAACUCAGAAGAUUGCUGAGAUUGGCCUGGGGCCUUAUCCUCCCAGAUAUCUGGAGGUGAGAUAUCAGAGAGGCACAUUGAUUGAACCAGGUUUGGGGGAAGGGAAGGCCCGCAUACUUCUGGGCUAGAAUACAUUGGACAGAUGGCCUCAAAGGGAAAGCUGGGAAAAAUUAGCAAUUGGAUAUUGAAGUCACUAUUGUGCUACUGUGGACCCCUGUCUCUUGUUCAGCCAUGUCUGAGGAACGAAUUCACAUCUUAGGUUUGGGAAGGCCAUUUGGGUCCCUUUCAUAGCCUAUCGCCAGCAGCUUAGAUGGCUUCAAACAUGAUUGCCAGGAUUUCCGGUACACCCUGGCUUUGGGGAGUCCCUGGAGAUAUCUAUCUAGGGGUGUAAAGAGGACAGCCCUAUGUGUCCCUCUAGAAAGGGGCUUUCAGGAGAGAGAGAGAGACCUUGCACUAGGUCUGAAUAGAAAUGAACCAGGCUCCUGCUGUCAGGGAGUGUGAGUAUACAGCAUCCGCCCUGCUCUGGGUUUUCUCCAUCCUACCUUCCAAGAUUUCUGAUCCCCCUUUCCCAGCUUCAGACCUUGGGGAGAUCCAUCCAAGGGAACCAGUCCUCUCUUGCCUCCAUGCCUUGGGUCCUUGAAGAGCUUGGAUCCAAAGCUAGGGCCACCCCUGCACUUAGGCCGUGGCAGAAGAUCUCGAGACUGGUGUUUCCGUGGUCAUUGGUGACAGGAUGUAUGUGUGUAUGUGGGUGUGGGUGUGUAAGUGUGUGUGUGGGUGCAUGGUUUGCUCUCUUUAGGGAACUUCGAGCUGGGAGAUGGAGGGAUGUUGAGUUCAGUGUGACCCAGUAGUUAGAAGAACCAGGAGGUGAGGCCUGAUGGGCCACAGAUUAUUAGUGUUUUAGUGCUGGUGAUGGAGGGACAGCCACAUAGGAUAAGACUCAGCAGGUCUCUUCCUUGUCUCCUGUUUCCUCAAAUGGCUGAGAAGCUGGAGGGUCUCAGUUAGUUUCCAUGCCGGGUCCCCUCACAUCAGCAUGGCCACUGAAGUUCAAGACGCCAGUGUUCACAGCCCAGCCCUCCCUGUGCAACCCACAUUUGGCUCGUAUGUGUGUGAGCACGUUGGGGUGUGCAUGCAGUAUCUCCCCACUUUCUCAUUCAAAACAAAUGUAAGAAGUUCCUCAUGUUCUUGGUUAUUCCAACCCUGCCUCCCAGGCCUUCUGCUGGGAGAUCCAGAGUCCAUCCCCUGCCUCCCAGUCCCCUGCGCCCCCAGCCCCUCCCAGCCCUCUGCUGUGUAUUUAUAGAUGGAAAUAUACUUUAUAUUUUGUAUCAUUGUGCCUAUAGCCUCUGCCACCUUGUAUAAAUCCUGUUGUACGCUAAGUGUUCUGGAUAUGAAUGUAUGUACACUGAUGCUACCCCCCCUCUGUACAGCUGCUUAGUCUCUUACAAUCCAUUGUAUGGCUUUAUAAAUGAUAAAGUGAAACACAAUA